GGAUAGAGGAACCUUCGGAAUCCACUAACCGAUCUCUUAAUUGUAUUGCCUUGUGCACGAACGACGACGACCGCCCCGAGAAUUUAACGUCAUAGGCCUUAUCACUAACUUACCUGUUGGUUGAAGUAGUUAUUUGCUUGGAAAAUGGGUCAUAAAUCUAAAUUCACCUUCCCUAUUCCGGGACGCUCCUCGAGGCAUACACCUGCCGUGGCGACAUCGAACCCCCUCUCAAAGGCAGAAAAGAUUCUGGGGACUGGUGGCGCAAAUACUGUAUCGCCUACCUCGAUAAGGGAACCUGGAAGAUUGUGGGAGACGGAGUCGAACGGCGGUAUCAGUAUAUCGAUAUCAGAAAGUAGCACUAGUCAAUCCGGCAUCGUAGAGGAGGACGAUGAUAUAUUGGCCGGGACAAACUACGGUGGAACUUUAUGGGAGGAGGAAUCGGAGGCUCUACCUCGACGACUGCGUAGCGCUAAUGGCCCAUUCGGUAAAGGGUUAAAGACGAAGAGGUCUGCCGCCACCCUCGGUGCUCGUAGCCGAGAGGCCACGACAGACGACUCCAUAUCUCGUCGACCUCAAUCUAGUUCUACUGUCUAUUCGCAUUACGAAUCAGCGAAGAUGCCACUUUCGAUAUCUCAACAAACCUCUAAUUCAGCAAUGGCGAAGGGAUUGCCGUCGAAAGCCGGCGCGUUAUUGGAUAUAGAUGGGGCGCUUUAUGGCAAGGGUCCACAAAAGAAGAAGCCUUCGAAGUUGGACUUCUCAAAGCUGAGAUUGAGAUCUCGUAAGGACCAGAAUCGGGACCCCCACGGAGUUGGUCCUGUUCUGGGAAAUAACUAUGUGAUGAGAUCACCAUCUGUAAUGUCACAUAUGUCGAAUUCCUUGGCCUCAUCGAAUUCUGAUGAAAGGACCCCAAGACCAGACAAGAAGAUCACAUCCCACGCAGCGUCGGGGAGACCUAGCCGCUUAAAGGGCGGGAACGAUGCAAGUACACUAACACAACUUUACGACCAUUAUGAACAAAUGUCAUUCCGACAUGCUGAAGACCUGAAAGAAGAAGAUGAGGAGGAUGAAGUGUUAUUAGAGAAAACACUAUCGAACCAACCACGCCUACUACCUCGGACUUACGAACCCGAAGUUCCUGACGUAUCUCGCGAAGAUAUGAUCACACCAUUGCCAACUAAUGCGAGAUGGACACAUAGCCGGAAUACUUCUCAGUCGAGCAAAGCAACGGCAACUAGAGCUGGAACACCCAGCACUUUACAAUUACGCCCGGCGUCUAGAAAUGAUUAUCCAGCAAGCAUAUCGAGCCGACAUACACGGACCUCGAAGGCCACUCCAUCUAUUAUGAGCACCUUGGACUCUGAUCGACAGCAGCAAAGUGUGUUAUCGCUUACUGACUCGGAAUCAGACGAGGAGACUGCGUACUCUGGACCGGGUUCAUCUUUGCCAUCUUACGAAAACAGCUUCCGUGAUGAUGCCAGCGUAUCCUCAAGCCAGCGGCAACGAAGUGCAUCGAGAUUAUCGAUCAGUAGUCACUCAACUAAUCCCAAGGGGGCUUCUUACGCCCAGCUUAAUGAUUUCCUUACCAUCCCACAAGCUUCUCCGAAGACGAAAGCUGGUCGAUCACCUUCGACAAAUACUAACUACUCGACUAAUUCAUCGAUGAGCACGGCAACUCGCGUAUCUAUACCUUCUCAUCCUUCCCAGCAGGAACAUAGAGGGUCUGUGUCGACAACGGGAACCGGUGGCUCCGUAUUGUCUCCAACUUUUAGUAUUCCGCCGAACUAUAAGGUACAGGAAGCGAGGGCAAUAACUUUUACUCCACUAGCCUCUACAGCCGAGGCUGCAUCGUCGGUCUCCGUGGAUCGUAUAUCGAAUAACUUGGAUCGCAUCAUAUCACAACAGGGGAAACAGCGUAUAUCGCAAAAGUCCCACGCCUCAGAUCAGCCGACGCCACCAUUGUCCCCCACAAGUAUUGGUUCCCGUAAAAAAUCACCCGAGCCGGCACGCCAGGAAUCGGCGGCCAACAAGGCCAGCGAACCGCACAAUGCACGAUUAAUGGCCGUGACAAGGCAAGAAGAGAUGCUGCUGGCUGCGCUGAGGAAGAAGAGAGCCAGGAUGCGGGAGAAUAUCAUUGCCGAGAUCGAGGAGGAUAGGGGUCACCGAGGUAGCGCAGCUGGCUCAGCCGUGGAGGAAGACCUUGAAAAAUUGGCAUCGGCGAAUCUAAGGGAUGCGGAGAGACAGGCUGCAAAGGAAACUAAAGAGGCUAGAGAAGCUCGUACUAAGGCGAAGCAACCGAAGAACGUUCCUAGGAGGGCAUCAUCGCUGAUGCGACAAUCUCGACCACGCGAUCAUUCUAACGGACCACGCGGCGCGGAUGUGCCACCUUCGACUAGUCAUAGCGACCCAAUAGAGAAAGGCUCUCUUCGAUUACGACUUUCCCCCGAACCCCAGACUCGACGUACCGGGAAAUCUCGCCACGAACGCGUGCUCCUAUACCUGGAUCGGCCCAUUGAUAGUAUCGAUGUAAUCGAUCAGUCAGAGCCAAGCCCAGAUCUGAGCGAAUUCAUGGAAGAGGACUUGGACUUCCCGCUUCCAGGUGGCCGUCAGAGUAGGACGAGAUCAAAACUCGGCCACUACGAGAUGAAUGGAAGACCGCGUCCUGACUCGAGCCCAGUGAGCCCGAGAACCAACCCGAUGAGAAGCGUGCCGAAGAUAGAUCCUCGCGUUAAUGAGGAUAUCGAUGCCGACGAUUUCGACGACCACGACUACGCCGAGGAGGUUGCCGAUAGGCGCAAAAUGGCACUACCGCCGGUGCCGGAGAAGGGAAUCCCUAGACCGGAUAGCCCGUUAUCUCCAGGGGAUGGCCUACUGUCGCCCUCCGUCUUUGGCCAUAAGAAGGGCAAGAAGAGCGCGGUGGUGAGGCUUAGUGCAGUGGGACAGAUCAGCUCCCCAAUUCCUUGGUGGGGUGAUGAUGAUUGAAGUGGAAUGGGUUUCUCAUCCCUAAGGAUAUUAUUUUCUUCUCAUGAUUUAUCGGGCUGAACAGGACCACUACACGUCACAAUUUCCCUAUGUCUUCAAGAUGCACGCAUUUACAU